AUGGCUACGCAUAAACAUGGCGACAGCGAAUCCAACUUGCAGGAAACACUUAUGAAAAAGCCACAGAUCUCAUUCCGACAAAAAUGUGCCAGGCCGUUCAAGGAAGCAUGGCAUGAUUUGCGAUCCAUGAAAUGGCAGCGCGAAGGUCCCCUGUAUCUCUUCGCCAUCUGGGUACAUUGCCUCGUCGCACUGGUCGUCUGGAUGCUUUUGGUGUCGCUUGGCUCAGGGACUUCCAAAGACAGUCCAUGUCACCCAGAUGGGGCAUUCAACGCGAUCGCAGACACUUUCGAUUGGUGGGCACCAAAAGGGUUGUUCCAAAUCACAUUGAGGACAGGAACUUUGUCCUUUGAUUCAGCCAAGGCUGUUGAUAUUUUUUGGAAUCUAAUAAUCGGCCGAGGAGGACAGUCACUUCUUGCGAUAGCAUCGACAAGAAUUUGGAUCGAAUACUUGUCAGUCUCCAUUGCCACAAAACCUGCGUCCUAUACCACAGUGUGGCUUUUGAGAUUCUACACCGAACCGUCGACAAUAUCUACGUUACGACUGGCGAGACAGUUUUUCCUUGGGCGGGGGCUCGCUUCAGCCUUCAAAAUGUGGUUUCUCGUCAUCGCAGCACUAUUCGUCGUUGCAUUUCCAACCUUGAUGAGUUCGCUGGCUGGAUAUACGACCGCAAAUCAAGCAUGGGUUGAUUUGGGAGAGCAUGGCCUUGACAGCUUUUCACAAGCUUUCCCAUUAGCAUUCAUCAUCCACGACGGCACACGGGUUGGCCUAACUGAGAAUCAACACGUCCCUUAUGACGAAGGAGCCCGAGGUUUGGUUUUACAACGCUAUGGCUGGCUUCCCGACAUAAUCGGCGGCUACCAGAGCAUGUUAAAUCCCAAUCGACACGCUGAUUUGAUAGGCAAUACUACUGCUUAUGUUCUAUCAUAUGGCCUUUCCAACAUGGCAGGAAGCGCAAUCGAAAAGAGCCAAAAUGACACAAUUUGGGGCAAAGAAACUCUCCGGGGUCCGCCGCUCAACAUAACGGCAUUUUAUCUUCCUCUAGACAUUUUCACACCGAACUUCACCGAAGGUGUCUGGGCCUCCAUAAACUACAUGGAUCCUUUGUUCAACGAUGAAUCUUUGAUAACAUACUCGCUCUCAAAUGAAGCCUACAAUAUGGCAACAAUUCAAAAGAACGGCACCUGCCAGCCAAUUCAGAAUCGAUACCAGUGGGGGUUUUCAUUCCUCCAAUUAUUCAUCAACAUCAUUCUUCUCUCGUUGUGGACUAUUGGAAUGGCUCUCGUCUGGGCCAAGAGCCAUUUGACGCUCAAACUCAACGGCUUCGCGGCCAUUUAUAACAAUUGGAAAGGUCUCCUCGAGUUUACAGAAGUACUUGGCGGGCAACUAAAAGCUGCCAAGAUUGAAUAUCUAACGAUAGACGACAAGCAGCUUGAACAUGAGAUCGAGAACCUCCUACAGGGCGGCUCAGUCACGGGACUUCCCCUACCGCAAGGCUUCUAUAGCCUACGACAAGGGAUGAUUCGACAAAAAUGGCUCCUUUUAUCUCUAUUCUUGGGCAUCUGGGCAGUUUACCUCGAUAUCCUUGAGGCUUUCACCUCGAGUAGUUUUGCUCUUAACAUAGCAAGCAUCGCAACCAAAUCUCUCUUGGCCAUAAGCACCGCGACAUUAGCCUCAGUACAUGUCAGCGCCAACAUCUUCAAGAGAGCAGCAGUGUUUCUCCUUGUUUGUGUAGUCUUUUUACCCUUCUUUUUCUCCUUCUGCGGAUGGCCAACUGCCCCUGGAUCCUGCCUUGGGGUGACCUUGGCCCUAGUGUCUGGAACAACCUCGAGGAGUAAAGCAACUCUAUUCGGCGUACCAUUCAUAAUCAACUACAUUAUCGCACUAGCAUUGGCAUUCUCUUCCCUAAUACGGUGGAAAUAUGGCUUGUGGGGCUACUACACUCCUACGCAUCUAUGA